ACUUUUGUUCUGCCAGGUGGCAACGUCCGAAAUCGAAUGCAUAUUGGAUUGAUUCUUGACGAAUUUCACAAAUUUGUUAUAUAUAAAUUAAAAUAAAAAUAAAAAUGGGUGAUAAGCUGUUGGACACAACACAAAUUAUAAAUGGAUUGGCUGUGAUGAUAUCAUUCUUUGUCGGUUACAAAUAUGCAUUGAAACGUGGUGAAGCGUGCGCAAAAAUCGACGACACACCGUCAACAGAGACGCAGGAGGAAGCAGGAGGCGCAGCUGCCGCAGUUUCCGACAAAAUCUAUAGCGGCUUUAAUGACAAUUUUAAAAUGGUGUUGGUCGUGCGCAACGAUCUAAAAAUGGGCAAGGGAAAAAUAGCCGCCCAAUGCUCCCAUGGAGCCGUGGGAGCAUACCAAAGAGCUGUAACCCGGACACCACGCCUGCUGCGCGCUUGGGAGAACUGCGGCUGUGCCAAGAUCGCCGUUCGUGUGGAGAGCGAAGCCGAGCUAUUGGCCAUCAAGCGGGCUGCAGAGCAAAAGCAAUUAAACACGUGCCUCAUACGCGACGCUGGCCGCACACAGAUCGAGCCCAAUUCAAAGACUGUUCUGGCCGUGGGUCCCGCGUCAGCAGCUGACAUUGAUCGUGUCACCGGCCAUCUGAAGCUAUUGUAAAGAUCAUAAACGAUUCACGCUUAAUCCGGCUGCCUUCGGGCGCAAAAAAAAAACGAAAAACAAAUGGAAAACCCCAAAUUUCGAAGCAAUAUGGGAGCAUGUGGUAUGCAACCACAACGACUGUGACAUGCAAGUUCAUUUAGGACCUGCAGUGUUAAUGCGUUUAAUGUAAAACUGAGCUAUUACAUAUUAAAUUCCUUGUGAUGCUGCUGUCUUAACUUGAAAA